CCGCACCUGAUCCGGAAGGGCGGGGUGAGCGCCUGGAGCCGAGCCCCCUGUCCCAGCGGAGGCUCGCCCAGCAAAGGGAGAGGAGCGGCGCGUCCUGCUGGAAGGGCGCUAAGACCCUGUAUUUGACGCGGAGGAAGCGGCGGGGAGGGACUGCGCGAUCUGCGGGAGCCGGUUUAAAGGUUGACGUUUGUGUGCCGGAGGAGCCGGGCGCAUCCAUCUGGCUGGUCCGCGCCUGAGCCGAGCGCGCUCGCCAGGGGGGCGCAGAGCGAGCGUCUUCUCCGCGGAGCGAAACGGGCGCCACGAGAACAGCCGCCUCUCCUUCGCCCAUUAAUGUCCUGGACCAUGGACAGGCUCAGCGUUUUGGAUCAGCUCCUCCCUGAGCUUAACGUACUGCUCAAGCUCUUGGACCAUGAAUACUUGAGCUCCACUACAAUGGAGAAGAAAACAGCCGUCUCAAAUAUCUUGCAGAAGCUGCAGCCCCCUGCAGGGAAGGAAAUGAGCUACAUGUAUGUGAAUACAGCGACCUUGCAUAAUGGCACUAGCUUUGUGGAGUCACUCUUUGAAGGCUUCGACUGUAACCUGGGCAAUCUUCAGGACAUGCAAGAGGAUGAUGGGGAGGUGAAAGAAGGCGUUAACUUAGAACUUUCAAAGAGCCAGCCUGCUAAAACGGUAUCUGGGGAGCCACCUCCACCAUUGCCCACCACUCCUCCUCCGGAAGAUUAUUAUGAGGAAGCCCUGCCACUGGACCCAGGCAAAGCUCCCGAGUACAUCACAUCCCACAAUAGCUCCAGUCCACCCAACUCCAUAGAGGAUGGGUAUUAUGAAGAUGCAGAUAGCAACUAUCCCCUCACCAGAAUAAAUGGAGAACAGAAAAACUCUUACAAUGACUCUGAUGCCAUGAGCAGCUCCUAUGAGUCCUACGAUGAGGAGGAAGAGGAUGGGAAAGGUCAGAGACUGACACACCAAUGGCCGUCUGAGGAAGCUUCCAUGAACCUGGUGAAGGACUGCAGGAUAUGUGCUUUCUUGUUGCGCAAGAAGCGCUUUGGGCAAUGGGCCAAGCAGCUGACGGUCAUCAAGGACAACAAACUCCUGUGUUACAAAAGCUCCAAGCACCGGCAGCCACACCUCGAAGUGGCACUAAGUGUUUGCAACGUUGUCUACGUGCCGAAGGACGGGCGUCGCAAGAAGCACGAGCUGCGCUUCUCCCUGCCGGGCGCUGAGGCCCUGGUGCUGGCCGUGCAGAGCAAAGAGCAGGCCGAGGAGUGGCUGAAGGUGAUAAAGGAAGUGAGCAGUCCCAGUGGAGGAGGACUGAGUGGAACAGAAGUUAUUACAUCUCCUCUGCUUACGUGCAAGGUGGACCACGACAAGAGGUCAUCUCAGGACAAACAGACAUCUGACUCGGACAGUGUGGCAACCGCAGAAAACUGCUCUUCCGUGGCUCGGAGAGAGGCCCAUGAGCAAGGGAAAGGCAAAAAAAGUGGCUUGGCGGACUUAAAAGGCUCUGUAAGUCGAGCAGCCGGGAGGAAAAUCACCAGAAUAAUCAGCUUCUCCAAGAAGAAGCCAUCCCCUGAGGACACCCAGACAUCCUCUACGGAGGAAGACAUCCCAUGCUGUGGCUACUUGAAUGUUCUGGUUAACCAGUGCUGGAAGGAGCGCUGGUGUCGUUUGAAAGGCAACACCCUCUAUUUCCACAAGGACCGGACAGACUUAAGGACCCACGUGAAUGCCGUCGUCCUCAGGGGCUGUGAGGUGGCACCAGGACUGGGCCCCAAGCACCCAUUUGCGUUCCGCAUCCUUCGCAACGGCCAAGAAGUCUCUGCCUUGGAGGCGAGCAGCUAUGAAGACCUGGGGCGCUGGCUUGGGCUCCUGCUGGUUGAAACUGGCUCCCAGACAGCCCCAGAAGCCUUGCAUUAUGACUAUGUGGACGUGGAGAAAAUCGCCAACAUCAUCAAUGCUGUGAGACACUCUUACAUGUGGGCCAGCUCCUCCCUUGAGAACCAAACAGAUGCUUCCCGUGUAUUAUACGAUGAAGUCCCCUAUGAGAAGGUGGAGCUGGAAAAGUCAGGGCGGCCGUCGGGGUCCCAGGUGAAGCGCCACGGCUCCUCUUGCAGCGAGAAAUCGCGUCGUGUGGAUCCACAAGUGAAAGUCAAGCGCCAUGCAUCAAAUGCCAAUAACUACAAGUAUGGCAAGAACCGUGCUGAGGAAGAUGCCAGGAGGUUCCUGACUGAGAAGGACAAACUGGAGAAAGAGAAAGCUUCUAUCCGGAAUGAACUGAUGGGCCUGCGGAAGGAAAAGCGGGAGCUCCGAGAGGCUAUGAAGGGCAGCUCAGGGAAAGACCUGAAAGAGCUGGAGCAUCGUGUUGCGGCCCUGGAGGAUCAGUGCAAAGCCAACGAGGCCAGGCGUGUGGACCUUGAGCUCAAGCUCACAGAGGUGAAAGACAGGCUGAAGCAGUCGCUGGCGGGAGGGCCGGCUCUGGGACUGACUGUGACCAGCAAAGCUGAAAACAAGGAGCCUGCACCCCCCCAGUCAAGUGGAAGCCCCCCUGAACACUUGGUCCCCGUUAACUGCGCAGCGGAAAUGAGGAAGCGAAGCCCCUCCCUCCUUCCUGCCCACAAGGGGAAUGUGCUGCAGAAGGCCAAGGAAUGGGAAAUGAAGAAAUCAUAAAAGGGUCACUGGGCCUCCAUCUCCGGGAAGAACCCCUCUCGAGCAUUGGGACAUAUUUGGGAAAGGCUAGAGCAGUGCAAGAGCCUCUCAUCCCUCAAGGAAACUGCGGAAGGAUGCUGGCGGACUUAGUUCUUCAGCAGGGAGAGUACCCACCCUCCCGCAAAUGAAGGAUUACCAAGCAAAACUGAUGUGGGUAAAAGGGGAGGGAAGGGGGAGUUUGGGAAGCAGGGUGGGUAAGGGAAAUCCUCUCAAGGAUGUUGGGUUUUUUAAGUGUGUCCUCAGAAUUCUCCUCUUUGAGUGGCCUGUGAGGAGCAUCUCAAAUAGAUCUGGCAUGCAGCUGUCUAGAUUUUGCUCUUGGUUAAUGAAAUUAACGAAGAGCCAUUAAACAAUUGGAACGUAGAUACUUUGGUCUGGUGGGGAGAGAUGAUGAUGAGAUGGUUCGGAGAUCCUCACUCAUUCAAGUCAGCCAAAGACCUUGGGCAAGUCACUUCUUAACUUUUCUUGCUGCAGCUCCUCUCUUGCGUUGGAAACCAGGUGAGCAUUCCUCACCACAAGGAAACGAGGCAUGACACACAGAAGUGCCUUGCAAUCGAUUCUGUCGAAAGAUGCUAUUUGCAGCCCUUGACACUGUCAGCCUGCUUCCCUAUCCUGCUCUCUGCCAAACCAGAUCAAGGCAACUACUGUUGACUUAGGCCCAGAGGCAAGGGCCCAACAGGGAGAAGACAUUGUCCACAUGGUGGUUCAAUUUAAAUCUCAGGGCUUUUCAUAUUGACCUGUGCCACUCCUGUCAACUUCUGUAGUCUCGCUCAGGCUGCCAUUUAAGCUUGGAUAAGAUCAAUAGCUUCAGGAGGGCAAGGAAUAAUAUCUGCCAGCCCCCCCCCCCCCCCCGGACAGACUCUAAAAGUGCCCAAGUGUUGUAACAAAUCCAUUUGCCCACUCCCUGCCUCCCCCCCCCGCCUUUGCUGCAGCAUAGCAGAGCUAGACUUCCACUUGCAAGUGAGAAAGGGGAGUGAAUAAAUGGACUGUGGAUAGAGAAAUGGCUUCUGCAACAACAAAAAAUCCCUGUUGCAGGACUAUUUUUUAAGGGUGCUGUCUCUGGUCAGCAGAACAGUGGCUGAAUACUUUUUCCCUUUCUGUGAGUCAGCCACUAGAAGAUAGUAUGUGCAUGGACUAACAGACAUUACGCUGCCAUUUCUAAAAAGCUGUCUCUCCGAUCACGGGUGGGAUGGGUGGGAGAGUGUUUUGGGUGGGUCUUGUUUCUGCAGUGUGGGGAGUCCAGCUGCCUUCAUGUGUAUAAGGAGUCUGGCCAGUUUCAGGCCUGCUUCAUUCAUUGAAUAAAAAAAUCUCAAACUUGAGACCUUCAGAAGAGGCCCCAAGGUGAACCCUACAGCAAAUGCAGUGAUCCUCUUUGCUGUGUCAUUCCAACAGACAAGAAGCUGUAGUGACCUACUUUUCUUUUAUAGGGGGAGGUGGGUAGGAUGCUUAUCUCUUUGUGGGUGCAUAUUGUGGCAUACAUUUUUACUAUUUAAGAUUUGUCUGCACUUUAAGAUCUGGAUCCCCUCCGUCUGCUGUCCCCCCCCCCCAAAUAAAAUACAAUCUUUG